GCUUAAAUAGUUUCCAACUGUUUCGGAGUCGAGUCUAGUACCGUUAAUUCCUGUUUGUGGUGUCCAUAGUCUUUUUUGUCUGUCUUUGUGAGCAUUGCUAUCCUGGCAGUCACUAUCCGUGCAGUGAAAAGGUGUAUUGGUUAAAAUGGAUGAAGUGCAUGGAGAUGUACUGCAGCCACUGUCUCUGAAGGAGUACCACGUCUCAGAGGAAUAUGGCUUUGCUCUGCCUGACCCAUUGCAUGACGCCAUUGGAGGAAGUCUUGCCUCCAUAUUAUCAACCUUGGAUGGAAAUAGCCAGAAAUGUGACUGAGCUCAUCUAUUCACAUUCCCUACGGGACCAUGUGCAUGAGAUGCCGGAGCUGGAGACGGAGCUGCUCCUGGACCACAGGGAGCUGCGCCUGGCCCACCUCGCCCUCAGCAUCAUCACCAUGGGAUACGUCUGGCAGGAGGGGGACAACCAGACAGUCAAGGUGUUGCCUCGGAACCUAGCAGUGCCAUACUGGUCCGUAUCACAGAAGCUGGGCCUCCCUCCCAUCCUGACCCAUGCAGAUGCCGUCCUAGCCAACUGGAAGAGAAAGGACCCCCAUGGUGAAAUCAAUAUGGAGAAUGUGGAUCUGCUGUUCUACCUCCCUGGUGGCUCCACGGUACAUGGCUUCUUCAUGGUCACCUUGAUGGUGGAGCUAGCUGCGGUCCCAGCCAUAAAGGCUGUCCCUCAGGCCAUCAACGGGGUCAAUCAAGGUGACGUUGCCACGGUAACUGAGGCUCUGAACUCCAUCAGCGUGUCCUUGGAUGACGUGGUCGAAGCUCUCAAGUUGAUGCACCAUUAUGUGGACCCCUCUGUUUUCUAUGGCAUCAUGAGGAUCUACUUGUCAGGGUGGAAGGAUAACCCAUCGAUGCCAGAGGGGCUGGUGUAUGAGGGGGUGCAGAUGGAGCCCCUAGAGUUCUCCGGGGGAAGUGCGGCCCAGAGCAGCCUGCUACACUGCUUUGAUGAACUGCUGGGGGUCAGGCAUGAAGGGAGCAGUGGGGCUUUUCUGACACGCAUGAGGUGCCAGUACAUGGUGCCGGCUCACACACACUUCGUGGAGGAGGUGUCACGACGGCGUCCGGGCGUGCGAGACUUCGUGCGGGAGCAGGGCGAUGAGGAGCUGAGCGAGGCCUACAAGAGAUGUGUCCAUCGCCUGGUGGCCGUCAGGAAUUACCACAUCAACCUGGUGGCUCGCUACAUCACCCAGCCCGCCUCACAAGCACAGAAACUGCGGCUGUAUGGGGCGGAUGCGAAUGAGGACAACACGGUCUCGCAAGCGCCCACCGCCCUUGAGAAGCGCGGCACCGGUGGCUCCGGCAUCAUGAGCUUCCUGAAGACCGUACGUGACCGCACGCGUGCCGUUACCGAUUGGUCCACCACGUCCACCGCCUCACAGUCAAAGCCAACAGAAACACAGGAGGAGCACAGUGGGCGGGUCACUGUUGGAGUGAAAAAUGGAGGCAGAGUUGAAAACGGGGGUGGAGCCUCACAGAAGAACCAGGAAGAGAGUUUGUCGUUCCUUAGCUGGUUAACCUCAAAGCUCUGGCAGCUGUGAGUGAGGUUUGGCAGACACCUGGGGUGCGUUCCAAUAUGCGACCUUGCUUGUGGCCUCGCCCCGCCUUCGUGGAGAAAACAAUAAAGUUUCCCCGCAGUCAGCCUAGCCAAAACAAUUUUUGGGGGACUAUUCUUCAUUCACCAUCCAGUUUGCAAAUGAGAAACAUGACUUUACAAUUGAGCUUUUGCGAGAUAUUGAAAUAUAAUGCUGUUGUCAGUGAUGUCAUCAUGACAUAUUACUUCCUGGUACGAGGCCAGAAGGACAAGAGGAUGCAAGGUCGCAUAUUGGAACGCACCCCUGAUCAGCUCAGCAAGGGCUGCAACUGCAAGGGUGGUAAGAACAGGGGAAGUAAUUGACUUUGUACAGAGGGGAAGGCGAUUAUACAGUACGCUGUUUUGGCCAUCAAGAGGUGUUUCAGACUAGAAAGGUGUUAAAACUUUACAGUAGUUAGUUUAUUGAUGAUCAGUAUUACAGUAAAAAAUAAAAUCGACUAACGCCCCCCAGUGGCAACUAAACGCUGAAUCCUCAGCUGAAUCCUCCUCAACGCCCAGCUAGGGCUCCUCAACGGCCCCUGCGGGUAUGUAGAGUCCCCAACCGUACAUUUAAUGUGUAUACACAGAGGUAGAUUGAGGAAGUGAAUAUCCACGUCUAGGUCGCAUGUUAUUCCACUUGUCACCUUACAGGUGCGUUCAGCUGCUCAGCUUCACCUGACUGCGCGACACUAGCUGCGCACAACUCAACCUCUGAUUGUUGUAAACCACUGUUGGUCAAAAAAAUAGCUCAUGUGGUUGGCUGCCAGUGUCUUGCCCCUCCUCACAACAUCGUGUUUAUAAACACGGUGAACCCAUGUAUUGUUCUCAUUGCCUGAAGUAGAUCCCACUGGUGGAUCGAGACAUUUCUGUUUGUUUAAUGAAAUAAAGUGUAUAUUUUUGGAGCUCAAGCCCAGUGUGCGGACCACUCUAUCACACAAAGUGAACAUCCAGCCAUUUAUUCCUUCUGUUUGUUCUGUUUGU